AUGGUGUGGUGUGGGCGGAGCAGCGGCUCGCCGUGUCAGGGUGCCGGCUCAGCUGCGGGCACCUCCAUGGCAGCCGCCCCCGCGUGUCACCGGCAGCGGGCGGGCGGGUCCGGCCGGGCACGGCACGGCGGCAGCGAGGCCGGGGGCGGCCCGGAGAGCGGCGGGGCAGCGUCCCUCGAGGCGGGGGCGCGGGCAGCCGGGAGCGCCAGCAGCAGCUCCUGCCGCAGGCGCCGCCAGGGGGCAGGCGCGGCCCGCGCCGCGCAAGGAGACUGCGCCCGCAGCCGCACCAAAAUGGCAGAAUACAAAACAGCCCCGCCGUCCCUGAGGCACGGGCCGCAGCGGGCCGGGCGGUGCUGCGUUCCUCCGGUGCUGCAGCCGGCCCCGCCCGCCGCAGCAGCACGGGCAGCGGGAGCUCCCGCGGGCCCCGGGGACGCCGUGCCCCCGGCGCAGCCCCGCCGCCUGCAGGAGCCUGCACGGCCUCGUGGUACCCCUGAGCGGGAAUCGCUGCGGCUUGCAAGCAAGGAAGGAGCGGGAAAUAAAACGCACGCAUUGACAGGCACAGCUCCACCAGUCUUUUUAGGAUAUUUUGAGCCCCAAACGUUCCCCUAG